AUGCCGAUUACACUAGACUACACAAACGUCCAUUAUUUCACUUGGGUUAAAUUAUUUGAGAACCAUGCUUGCGCAUACAACGUUCUUGACCAUAUUGAUCCCAAAACUCCGAAACCAACUGACAUCUCCGAUGCCUUUUGGACUCAUUUAGAUGCGAUAGUUAAACACUGGAUUUAUGGAACGAUUUCCGUUGAUCUUCUCAACACUAUGUUGUCUAGGAAAGCUACUGCUCAGCAAAUUUUGGACCGUAUCAAGGAAAUUUUUCAAGAUAACAAGAGUACAAUGGCAGUAUACCUCGAGAAUCAAUUUAAUACUCUUCAUCUUGAUAAUUUCGCCAAUGUUACUACGUGCUGUCAACAAUUGAAAAGCAUCGCUAAUCAAUUAGCCAACGUCGAUCAACCCAUUUCUGAUCAGAAAUUGGUUCUUCGUUUGGUUGCGGGCUUGAAUAAAACUGAUUUCGAUACAGUGGCCACGAUGAUUGCACAAUCCGAGCCUCUGCCAUCGUUCAAUACAGCCAGGUCUCGGCUGUUAGUGGAAGAAACUCGUUGGAAUUCCGACUCCACACCACCACCUUCAGUGUUUGUUGCCCAGCAACAAUCGGGACAGCAGGCGGACUCCUCACAGCAGCAGCCGCAGCAACCGUCCGCCGGCAGGGGCAGCUCCACCUCCAGCAAGGGCCGUGGUGGCGGAGGAAAGGGGCGUGGCAAAGGUCGUGGUCGCGGUGGACCAGGCCGUGGUGCCCCUGGAAACCCGCAAUAG